UGUAUCCGCUGUCAUCAGGUGCCUCAGAUGCGUCGUCGUUGUCGCCAGCCUCCUCAAUGUAUCCGCUGUCAUCAGGUGCCUCAGAUGCGUCGUCGUUGUCGCCAGCCUCCUCCAUGUAUCCGCCUUCAUCAGGUGCCUCAAAACCCUCGUCUUUGUCAAGUUCCUCUGUCCAUUCUUCUUCGUCUGCUUCCUUGGGUCCUAAAUAUACUACGACCUACACCACGACCGAAACCGAUCACUCCAUUGUCACUAAAACUAUUGUUGUAUGUGUGACAACCGACGCGACCGGCUGUGUGACGACCGUCACAUCAACCGUACUGCACUGUCCAACCACUGAUUGUGAACCAACAGAGCUUCCAAACCCCACAAUUACAGGAGAGACCCCAGUUCCAACUGCCUCUUGCAAUGAAGGAGGAUCUUGCACCCCAGCCGUGGAAACUACUUCAAACAUUGCUCCUGUCCCAAGUGGAGCCGCUAAAGUGAGCUACACAACUGAGACUCUCAUCAUUACUACUACUAUUUCUAAAGGCCCAGCUUCAUAUGCUACUUCCACUUUGACUGUCACUCGGACUGUGAGUAUCGAUUGUGAUACUUGUGAAACUGGUGAAGGAUCAAAUCCUACAGUUGCUCCCGCGACAGAUGCCCCGGGGCACGUUCUGGGCAGCACCACCAGUUCUGGUACUAUGACUGCAACCCUGAUCUCUUCUAUUUCGCCAUUUGAGGGCGGGGCAGGGUCGAGAUCCGUGGUUCUGGGUAUGUUCGUGUUAUCUUUGUUAGCCUUCCUUCUCUAGGCUGUUUUCUAUGGCUGUGUUGAUUUCUGUCGGCACGCUUUAUUUUCGAGAUGGUUCACUCUGAAGCUCCAAGAUUCUCUUUGGGCUGUCUUCCUGGUGUCUAUCAAUAUCAAUC